AGGUGCGAAGGCGAAAGGCAAAGCACAGCGACGAAGAGAGCAGCAAGAAGAGACGGCGCGGCUAAACAAGAUGGUGGCCAAUACCAGCGCUGUCAACAACCCAGCACCAGACCACGGAAAGAAGGAGGAUGAGGCAUUCCGGCUCAAACUCAAGCCCCUAGGCAUACAGAUCCAGCCCAUACCUGCCGACGGGGACUGUUUAUACGCCGCCAUAGCGGAUCAAUUAGAACGCCAUUCGCGCACCGUGAAUGGGGAGGUGCCGACAGCGGCACUGAUACGCGCCUUGGCCGCAAAUCACAUGAGAAACUCGAGGGACGACUUCCUUCCGUUCUGCUUGAACGAGGAUGGCGACAUGGUGGAUUCAAGCGGGUUCGAUAGGUACUGCCAAAGCGUUGAGCAUAGCAAGCAAUGGGGUGGUCAGCUCGAAUUAAGGGCCUUGGCGGAAGCCCUACAAACGACUGUGAUAGUGUAUCAGGCCCGGUCCAAUGAGAUGCCCAUUGAGAUACCGAACUCCCAGGAGGAGCCACUUUUAGUAUCAUACCACCAGCACUCGUACACUCUGGGAGCCCACUACAACAGUCUACUCCAAACGACGUAAAGAUAGGUGUAUUCCGUAAUUUAGUAAAAACCGUAUUAAAUAAAGCAGCUAGAUCUAUGUGGUCUGCAGUACGG